AUGGAGACACAGAGUGGUGCAGGAACCAUGGAGACACAUAGUGGUGCUAGAACCAUGGAGACACAGAGUGGUGCUGGAACCAUGGAGACACAGAGUGGUGCUGGAACCAUGGAGACACAGAGUGGUGCUGGAACCAUGGAGACACAGAGUGGUGCUGGAACCAUGGAGACACAGAGUGGUGCUGGAACCAUGGAGACACAGAGUGGUGCUGGAACCAUGGUGACACAUAGUGGUGCUAGAACCAUGGAGACACAGAGUGGUGCUGGAACCAUGGAGACACAGAGUGGUGCUGGAACCAUGGAGACACAGAGUGGUGCUGGAACCAUGGAGACACAGAGUGGUGCUGGAACCAUGGAGACACAGAGUGGUGCUGGAACCAUGGAGACACAGAGUGGUGCUGGAACCAUGGAGACACAGAGUGGUGCUAGAACCAUGGAGACACAGAGUGGUGCUGGAACCAUGGAGACACAGAGUGGUGCUGGAACCAUGGAGACACAGAGUGGUGCUGGAACCAUGGAGACACAGAGUGGUGCUGAAGACAUGGAGACACAGAGUGGUGCUGGAACCAUGCCCUGCUUGUGUGCAGUAAG